ACCAGCCAAAAGAUGGGAUAGUGCUGCUACUCGGUAUUUUCAAAACCUUCUCAAAGCAACUACCCAAAUGAAAGCCAAGUUAUGUGCAGUAGAAGAUAACACAUAUGAUGUUUUUCUUUAUGUGACAGUAAAAGAUGAAAAGGUAUGCGUUAAUGAUGAUCUUGUCUCGAAGAACUUUGCUCGUUUUGAGGAAGCUAAAGAGAAUACAGGGAGUUCUGCAGAUUAUCAGGAGAACCAAACAUCAUUAAAUGUUGAGUCUCUUCCAGUGAAAAUUGUUAAUCCUGCACUUGCUUUCAGGACAGUGCUGUUUCAGGAGAAGGUAUCAACAAAUCUUGAAACAGGUCUUGCUGUUUCCAGUUCCUUUCUUGAAGAGACAUACCAAAGGUCAAGCACAGAUCUAAAUGAAAAUACUGCACCUAGUUUUCAAAAUCUUAGUGAAGAAAGAAACUUUGUCUUUCUUAGCAACAAAAUUGAGCCAUCGUCAAUUCUGGAAACAGCACCACUUUUUGAUGAUCUGAAAAAGGAACUUACUCGGAAAAAAUUUUUAGGCCCUAACUUCACAGAAUCUUACUGUUGGCCGCCAAUAGCUCGAGGAUGUGAUGUAGUUGCCAUCUCUGAUCAGGGAAAUGAUCCUUUCUUAUAUAUUCCACCAGUUCUUACAUUUUUGCAGUCUGGAAGUUGCUACAAAGCCUUGCCAAACAGGAAUGGACCGCUAGCACUGAUUUUAUGUCCUGGGUGGAAGAAGGCACAACUUGUUUUUGAGCUACUGAAAACAUACGAGAGAUGCUCCAGACAGCUUCAUCCAAUGUUGAUAAUACUUGGGCAGAACAAAGAAGAAGCUAGAAGCGUGAAAAUCCGAGGAUGUCAAGUAAUCGUGACUACACCCUAUAGCCUUCUGAGACUGUUUGAACAUCAGAGUUUAUUAUUUUGUAGACUUUGCCAUCUUGUUCUUGAUGAGUUUGAGGUACUGUUCUCUGAUGCUACCGAACAGGUUUUUGCUAUAUUAGAUUGUUACAAGAAAGCCAAUAUUACUGAAGAGUGGGAAUAUUCACCACAUCAGAUUAUUGCUGUAGGAACUCAUUGGAAUAAACAUAUAGCACACUUGAUAAAGGAGUUCAUGAAUGAUCCUUACAUUGUGAUAACAACCAUGGAAGAAGCUUCCAUCUAUGGAAAUGUGCAACAGGUCGUGCGACCUUGCACAAACAGCGAGAGAACUGCUGUGUUACUCAAAGUACUGGAUUUUACCCACAAUCAUCUUCAGAAGGUGCUGGUAUUCACUAAUUCAGUAAAUGAAGCAGAAAUGGUUCAUAAGGCAUUGAAGAGCAAUUCAAUAUUUUCCUUGCAAAUACAUAAAGAGAGCGAGUUUAAUUUCAAAUAUAUCUUAGAGCAGUGGACAAAAAAGUAUAGUUCUGGCACGCCUGUUGUGUUAGUUUUAACAGAUGACUGUAUGCAGUCUUUGGGAAUUACAGAUGCAACUUGCGUGAUACAUUUCAGUUUUCCUUCUCCAAGAAUCUUUGGACAGCGUCUACACAGCAUGUCUGACAACUUCUGUAAUGUGAUAAAGGGUUCUUCUGUAGAUAAGGAAUAUACAAAGGCAAGGUCAGUUAUUCUGCUAACAGAAAACAGUGCAUGUCAUGCACUUGGGAUCCUGCGCUAUUUGCAGCACGCAGAAGCUGAAAUUCCACCAGAACUGCAUGAUUUUACUUCCAAGACGCUAGAAGCUGAAGAAGAUAAGAAAUUUUCAAGGCCACUGUGUGCCUAUCUUAAAACAUUUGGGAUUUGCAAGAACAGAACAGUGUGUCCAGAUCGUCAUCAAAUUAAUUUACAAAUAGACGUGCCCCAGAAUGUACUAGAUAAAAUUAUACGAACGCCUGGAUGUGUGACAAUACUGCCUCUCCACAUUGUAAACGCAACAAACUACUUCGGUCGAAUAGUAGAUAAACAAAAGGACCAAUAUACAAUUCUUGCUGAAGAAAUUAAUGAGUAUUUUAAGGAACCUAGUAAUAAAAUUUCUGUUAAAAACGUGGAGAAGCUAGCAUUUUAUGGAUUAUGUGAGAAAACACUUUUUCACAGGGUUCAGGUGAUAGAGAUUUCCCCAAAAGAGGAGGAAAAAUUGUUCCUUAACGUCAAAAUUAAAUAUAUAGAUGAAGGCAGAACAAGUCAAGUUAAGAGCUAUCAGCUGCUUCACUUACCUGCAAGGUUUCAGUGUCUGCCACCUCAGGCUGUGGAAUUUGUAGUUUGUAGAGUGAAACCCAUUGAUAAUGAAAUUGAAUGGAACCCAAAGGUAACUCAUUAUAUUCAUCACAAAAUUAAAGGAAAACUACAUGAAGCAAAAAUAGUAUAUACCUUGGGAAAUACAGCUUGGGUUGACCCAAUGGUCCAGGUUACCAGGCUUUCAGAUUUGAAGAUGUCUGUCAAUGAAUACAACGUUCGAUCUGAGAUUCUGUCUACGGGUCUGGGAACUGACAAUCCAGAACAUGUAACACAACUUCAGAAGUUGUGCAGACACAUGAAGGUAUUAAAUCAUGCAAAGAACUUGGAGGCUUUAAGCAAAAAGGAAGAUACAGCUGGUCCGGAGAAUGCAUCCGAUCCACAGAAUAUGUCAAUACAAGAAAAUUCUACUGAAACCUGUAAUUCUUCUAACAUGACUUUUGGGAAUCAUCCAUGUGAUGGGGUAGGUCAAGCUAAGGAAGUGGAAGACUCUACCCUGCAUCAGCAUAAAUG